AUGCACAUUCAAGAGGCUGCGCGUCAGGGACCCCCUCAGGGUGAUAUCGAAGUCGCAAAGGAGAAAAUAGACCCAGUCCACGAGGAAAAUGCUGUCGGAUACAAGGAAUACCGUGAAGGGUUGCAUAUGGAGAUAACAGCCAAGGAGAACUCCAAAAUCAGGUGGAAGAUUGACCUGGUUGUUCUCCCGAUCUUUCUCGUCACCCAGGCGCUGCAAUUCAUGGAUAAAACGGCUCUAAACUACGCAAACCUGUUUGGAUACCAAGAGACUUUAGGGCUAAAGGGCCAGGAAUUCAAUUAUCUUUCAGCAAUGGUAUACGCGGGCUACUUCUUCGGGCAGUACCCAUGUGGAUGGCUAGUUGGGAGGUAUCCAGCUCAGCGCGUGCUAGGCGUGAGUUGCUUUAUGUGGGGGCUGAUGGUAAUUAUCAUGACACAAUGUCAUACAUUCUCCAGCGCUUUAGGUGUCCGCUUUAUCAUGGGUGUCUUCGAGGCAGCCGUCACCCCAGGCCUGACCCUGAUGACCGGUUUCUGGUAUACCCGGCAGGAAAUCCCACUCCGCCAGUGUAUCUGGUACUCGGCGCUUGGAUUCGGCGGCAUUGUAGGGUCCUAUAUAUCUUUUGGGCUCUCUAAACUCCCGGAAGAUUUCAGUCCGGCGCGGUGGGAGCUGCUGUUUUAUAUCCUCGGGGCGGCCACUUGUCUCUGGGCAUUUGUGAUCUUCUUUGUCCUGCCUGAUUCGCCCUCCAGUGCCUUCUUUUUAACGCAGCCUGAACGCAUUCUUGCUGUGAAACGCGUCGCUGGAAAUGAAACAGGGAUCAAGAACAAGGCCUUCGACAAGAAGCAAGGCCUGGUUGCAUUCUACGAUCCAAAAGCGAUACUGCUUUUUAUUUCCGUGUUUGCUGCUGCCAUUCCCAACGGCGUCGUCAAUUCCUUUUCGACGGUUAUUAUUGAAGAUAUGGGAUUUACCCAGACCAAGACGACAGAACUAAAAUCUGUUGGCGACGCGGUCGUCAUUAUAGCGUUGGUUAUCGGCGGCACUAUCACAUUGAAUGUACCCAACUCCCGACUGCUGACCUCAACGGCCGCGAAUAUUCUUUGCACCGUUUCUGCUGGGUGUAUGGCCUACUUGCCCCGGUCAAUGAAGUGGUCGAGGCUGGUCUGCUUCUGGCUGGUGAAUGCGCAGUCUGUGGGAUUUACUGUCUCGCUGGUGACGAUCUCAUCGAACAUGGCUGGCUAUACGCAUCGGGCUAUGGCUAACGCACUUACAUUUACUGCAUACUGCUGGGGUAACUUCGCUGGGCCAUUCGUGGUGAAGCCAUCCGAAGCGCCUGAAUACAAGGGAGCCACGAUUGGCCUUCUGGUCGGGUACGUGAUUAAGGCUGCUUGCCAUUUGGCACUUCUGGGCUACAUGUUCACGGUCAACCGCCGCAGGGACUCUCGCUAUGGGCCGGCUGACAAGGCUACAAGUAAUGAAGCUGGGAUGCAGGAUCGGACAGAGUUUGAAAACAAGGAUUUUCGAUAUGUUCUGUAG